GCCGAGAAAAAGAAAGCUACAGAGCAGCCUGUGGGCAAAGGUCAAGACGCUGCGAGAAGAGCAAGACUAUUGGACUUCCAUACCAGUAACCUGACUUUUUCCGGCGCCGUUUUCCUCACGAAAAGCAAGGAAAUAGCAAGCGCGCAGGCAACAGCUAUCACCGCUGCUGCCCAUACCUCGACCCCCGAUGACAUAAGGAUUGCGAUGUUCACGGAUGCCUCUCGGCCGUCUGUUCCUGGUCCUGAUCCUGGAGGAUACUCCCUUGUCUUCGACAACUUUUUUCCAGGAACCACGCAUUACGGUCAACACGUAGAGAUGGGCUGGUUCAUGCCCGAGAUGGAGGACACCACCAUCGGAGAAGGAUUAGGCAUUGCCCAAGCCUUUGAAGUGGCCCGCCGGUACCUCGACAACUGCAGCAGCAGCGCCAGCGAAAAUGUGGUGCGAUCGGUCAACAUCAGCAUCAUAUCGGAUGCCUACACGGUCAUAGACAUGAUCGAUGGUGGGGUCCCUCCUCGAAAGAGAAUUCACGCCAAAAUUUGGAGCCUGAUCCGCCAGAAGAGCCAUGAGCUCCGCUCGGUUUCGGGAAACAACGUGACGGUUGAGCGCCGUUGGGUGCCGGGACAUUCUGAUAUCCUCGGAAACGACCACGCGGACCACACGGCGGUGAGGGCCAGGGAGCUGCAACGAGACGUGUUCGCCGUUGAUCUGGUAGAGAAAGAAGAGGAGUUCCAGCAAUGCCAGAACUACAGGCACCAGGAAAUUGUUGAUAUGGACUUUAUCGACUUGCAACUCAGAGAGGACUUUCAGCAGUGGGAAGCCCAUAGACACCAAGAAAGUGUCAACAUGGGGUUUAUCUGCCUCCAGCUCCAAGAGGAGGACCAGAGAUGGUCUCCUGUAUACGAGGUCCGGGAACUUGCGCUCCGGGAACUACCUCUUGUCUGUCCAACGAUGGAUUUGAACGAAAGUUUGAGUGACGAAAUGGUGCAAGCAGCGGUUGGUUGGCAAUUGGUGACGGAGUUAAAGGAUGCUUCGAACAGAGUUAUAACUCCCCUUGGCGUGCCUCUGUUUCUCGUGGCUUCUUAA